CGGUGAACUGCAGUGUGGGAUUUGUUUACAUUUUGGUGUGAUAAAGUAGGCUGUUCACUAACAGGGUGAAGAAGUAGAAUGAUCAUCAAGGAUACAGUCUAUACAUUUUACUACUUCAUACUAGUAGAUGCAUAUAUAUGUCAUGUGCGCAUAAGCGACGUGUUGAUUUCCCUUCCCUAGAAUAUUGCAUGUCACUGAGGCUUUGAUGCAGGUGCAGGUUUGAAAGGUGAUUAUAAAUAAAUCCGAGACAUGUGGAUGUACAUAGCUAUUGGUGUGUGUAUUCUGGCAGUUGUGUUUGUGUAUUAUCCUAUCCCUCCCCUUACCCCUACCCUGACAGCCUGGAAAAAUGGAGGCAACUUCUUUGAAUUCCGGACACACAAAAUAUUCUACAGAGUGGAAAAAGGCAGCAAUAAAGAUGGAGGUGUGCUCUUGGCAAUCCAUGGAUUUCCAACAUCCAGCCAUGACUGGAUCAAGGUACUUCCAGACCUACAGAAACAACACAGUGAAGUGAUUCUGUUUGAUAUGAUUGGGUUUGGCCUCAGUGAUAAACCGUCAGAUCAUGACUACUCUAUUAUGGAACAAGCAGAUAUUGCUGAGGCUUUACUAAAGAAGCUUAAAAUAGCACAGAUUCAUCUGUUGUCACAUGACUACGGGGACACAGUGGCCUUGGAAUUGCUGGCAAGGUUUAAUGAGAAAAAGACAGACUUGAAAGUUCUCUCCCUUUGUUUAAGUAAUGGGGGUAUUUUCCCUGAAACAAAUUUUCCAAGACCUUUACAAAAAUUGUUAAGAGUUCCUUACCUUGGGGCCAUCUUAAGUAGACUGUCUUUCUAUGGAAUUUUCAAAAAAGGGUUUGGAGAUGUAUUUGGAGUCAAUACACAACCGACAGAAUCUGAGUUCAGAGAUUUUUAUGCAGCUAUUGCUAAUAACCAUGGUUACAGAAUAAAUUACAAACUUCUGGGAUACAUCGCAGAGAGAAGCCAACACAAAAACAGAUGGGUAGGGGGUCUACAGGAAGCAACUAUUCCAGUUCACAUGAUUUAUGGUCCAUCAGAUCCAGUUAAUCCCUCUGUUUUUAUUGAUCACUACAAGAAGACUGUUCCCCGACACAGUAUUACCGUGCUGCCCCCUGACAUCUCACACUACCCUCAGUGGGAGGCCCCAGGGGAGUUCUCUAAAGCUUACAGGGGAUUCCAGCAAGGACUGUCAGCAAAGGGAAAGUGAAACUACGAUAUAUAAAUAGAAUAUUUUAUUUAUGAAUCAAAAAAUAGAUAAACAACAUGAUGCAGAUGAUCAGCAGUGUGAAUUAUUGUAUAUAAACAAAGAAUUCAUAUAGGACUCACAGACAGACAAGAUUCUCCUGCAUAAAAUUAUCACCCCAUUUAUAGCAAUAUAAAAUGGGGAACACAUCUGCCCAAAUAUAGUUAUACAGAAUUGUUCUAUAUUGACAUUUUUUAAAACAGAAAGUGGAAAUAAAAUAGAAAUUUAAACAAAAUCAUUGUAGAACUAAGAAAAGGACAUUUUUAUGAAGGUCUAUAAGUCAUGACUUAUGAAUUUAGAGUUCUCUCUAAACAGAGGACCAGGGUUAUUAAUAUUUUUGGGCAGCAAAGAAUGUAUUAAGCCACUUAAUUCAGUGUAGAACCUUAUUACAGAUGUUUUGUAUGUAACCAAAAAUAAUAAAUAAAAGAUGAAAAAUUCAUACAA